AUGGCGGCCGCCAUACCUGGCCUCCGGCGAACCCCCCCACCCCCCAGUUCUUUUUCACUUCAAGAACUGAUUAAGCUCGGUGCCAACACAAUCUUAGUCCCGGGGAACUUCCCAAUCGGUUGCUUGCCUAUUUACCUAACGCAGUUCAAAGGAUCGAGUGCCUCUAGCGAUUACGACCCCAAAACCGGGUGCCUCAAUUGGUUAAACGAGUUCUCGAGGUACCAUAAUGAGUUGCUCCAAAAGGAAUUAAGCCGCACUCGGGCCCUUCAUCCUCACGCUAGCAUAAUCUACGGGGAUAAUUACAAUGCCGCGAUGCGCUUCUAUCUCUCCCCAGAAGAGUUCGGAUUUACAAAGGGAAUUUUGAGGGCUUGUUGUGGGAGAGGGGGGUUGUACAAUUUUAACUGGUCGGCACAAUGUGGCUUGGCUCUUUCGACGUGUUGUGAGGAUCCGAAUUUGUUUGCUAGCUGGGACGGCGUACACUUCACGGAGGCUGCCUAUAGGUGGAUUGCCCAAGGUUUGCUCCACGGACCCUAUACGAUUCCUCAAAUAAGCACCUUUGCCCUGCAGUAUCUUCUGUCGAUGGUCGAGUGUAUGAGUAAUGAGAAACCAUGA